UGCUUUUAUGAAAUUUUGCUAUUUGCGCGUAUUAAACCCAAAACCCUAAGAACACUCUUCUUCUCUCUCAAAAGCACGCACUUAUCCCCCUCUCUCUAUCUUCAAUGGCGAAAGAGAAAUUGAAGUCUCUAAUUACAGCUUUCACUUCUGAUGGUGACUUUCUCGCCAUUUUAUACCCAACUGGAUCCAUCAAAAUUUGGAGUACUGGAAAUGGAAGUUUAUUGGCUGAGUGGAAGCAGUCUGAUGACGACUCUGUUAGUUAUUCAUGUAUGGCAUGCAGUUUUGUUGGGAAAAAGCGUAAACAAGAGCACAGUACUUUCUUAUUAGCUCUUGGCACACAUGGUGGAGACAUCUUGGCAACUGAUGCUUUCACCGGUGAUAUGAAGUGGAAAUCUAGCGGACACCAUCCAGGUGGGGUUAUUGGUCUUGCUUUUGCAAAUAAAGGCCGUAGUUUGCGUAGUGUUGGAACUAAUGGGAAAGCAUCUGAGAUGAACUCAAAAUCUGGAGAACUGACUGUGGAAUUUAAAGCAUCUAAAAGGCCCAUUUCUUCUUUAGCGUUUUCUAGUGAUGAGGAAGUGUUAGCUGCAGUCAGCAGUAGGGCUCGCUUACUGAGUCUGGUGAAUGGAAAAGAGCUUUUCAAGUUCCCUGAUGACCUGGGUACUGUUCAGCAUAUUUCUAUAUCUAAAAGCGCAAAGAACAUUGUCACAACAGGUUUCGGAGAGAAAAUUCUUCAUUUGUGGAGGUGCAAUUUGAGUUCCAAAAGUCUGAGUGCUGGUCCUGUUCUUUCUAUGCGGCAUCCUCCAUUGGUAAUUGAAUGCAAGAGUACUGGUGACGAAAAAGAAGAAGAUGGUUUAAUUGUCUUAUCAGUAUCAGAAUCAGGUGUCGUAUAUGUUUGGAAUUUGAAGACUUCCUCACAAGAUGAGGUUAAUCCAACAAAAAUCACUGUGAAAGGUAGCAAAUCUGAAACAAACCAGCAUAAUGGUGACUAUUCAAAGAAGCAUCGCCCCUCAAUUUUGGCCGCUCAGCUACAUGACAUCAAGGAUGAUAAACAGUUCACGGUGGUUAUUGCUUAUGGUCCAAUAGAUUAUCCAAAGUUCAGAACAGUGAAUGUCACUAACUCUGGGGAGAAUAUUCUUGUGAAUGAUACUGAUGUGACUGAAACUGUUAGAGAAAAUGGGAUUUCAAAAGAUUCCAAUUAUCUGGAAUCAGAAGCGACGAUAGCCUCAACGCUGAAGAAAAAAACAAAGAAGAAACGGGCUGCAUCUGAAAUGGAUCCUUCAGCACCAGGAGAUGUUGAUACUGAAAAUGGUGAAGCUAUGAAUGGAGUACUUGUUGAGGAUGAUGUGAAUGAGCCAACCAUGGGUGAGAAACUUGCAAGUUUAAAUUUACAAGAUAAUGAUAAAACCAAAGACCAAGAGAAACCAGAAUCACCUCCUCAUGCAAAGCCACCAAGUGCAGACUCGGUUAACAUUCUUCUUAAGCAAGCAUUGCAUGCUGAAGAUCGGGCUCUUUUACUAGAUUGCUUGUAUACCCAGAAUGAGAAGGUAAUUGCGAAUUCAAUCUCGCAGCUUAAUCCAUCUGAUGUCCACAGGCUUUUAAAUUCUCUUCUAACCAUAAUUGAUUCGAGGGGAGCAAUCUUGGCAUGUGCACUUCCGUGGCUAAAAGUCUUACUUCUUCAACAUGCAAGUGGAAUAAUGUCCCAGGACUCUUCUUUAGUUGCCUUGAACUCUUUAUAUCAGAUUAUCGAGUCCAGAGUCUCAACUUUCCCGUCAGCUCUGCAACUAUCAAGUUACUUGGACUUCCUCUAUGCAGAGGUUGUUGAUGAUAUAUCAGAAGAAACUGAAACAAUUAUUCCAGUAAUUUACGAGGAUAAGGAUGAAAGUGACGAAGAUGACAUUGAUGGGCAAGAAUCUGAAGAGGCCAUGGAAACUGAUCAAGAGAGUGAAGAUGAAGAAGAAGCAUUUGGUGGACUGAGUGACCUCGAAGGAGGUGAUGACAUGAGUGAGUGAUUAUUAUCUACGACCUUCUGCGACUAUGCUGCUGGGAACAAUGGGCAAAACACACUUGCAACGUUUUAAUGUCCUGGAAUUAGCGGCCCUAAUUAUCAACAUUCAUUCUGGCCAAUGCAAAGGAUUAGAGUCGCUUGCGGAGUCGUAGUUGAACUGUUGCAGAAUUAUUUUCCUGGAGCGUAAGUUAACAUUUUGGAACGAGCCAGAAGAGUGCAGACAAUUGCUAAUCUGUACAAAACGGAACUAGCGGGCUGAAGCUUCAUUUAUCAGCCAGUUUUGACCUCCCUCCAGUAAAUCACUUAAACUCUUGGAUUUAGACCAGUACAACUUUUCGAACGCACUAAAUGAACUGUUAUAGAUUUCUACUCCCAUUUAUUUGGUCCAUGUACAAAAUUUUAAGUGAUUUGAUAUGCGAAAUGUCUGCUUCUCUUUAAAAUGAUAAUAUGAGUGUUCACUUUCCAGUA